AUGUCCAUUGACACUGCCGCUGGCAGAGCGUUGAUGAACAAACCUUACCCUGACGCUUGUGCCCUGAUAGAGGACAUGGCCCAAAACCACGCCCAGUGGGGGAUAGAACGAGCGACGGUAGAGAAAAAGGAAAGCCAUGGAGGAAAGCAUGAGAUACGUUGCAUGGACAUGAUGAAUGCUAAGAUGGACGCCCUGGCCUUGAAAGUCGAGCACAUGUCUCAAAACCCUACCACAGUGGCAGCAAUCCAAUCGGAGUGCAAACUCUGUGGAACUCAAGAACAUCAAACCAUUGAUUGCAACCUUUUGAACGAAUCUAGCUUAGACCAAGUUAACUAUACCCAAGGGAAUCCUUUCUCAAAUACCUACAAUCUUGGAUGGAGAAACCACCCAAGUUUCUCUUACAAAAACAAUAACCCCAUCCAAAAUCCCGGAUCUUCGAGACCCCAGGGAUUCCAAACGCAAAAACAAAACCAACCUAUGCAAGUUGUGCCACCAAGACCAAACCUUAAAGAAACCAUAGACACCUUUAUUCAGAAUCAAACUCAGCAAAAUAAGGAAUUUCCCAAAGCCAAAACCACCUCUGCACAAGUUGUACCUAGAGGACAAUUCCCUGGAAAAACUCAACCCAAUCCCAUAGGCCAAGCAAAUUCUAUCACCUUGAGAAGUGGAACCGCUUAUGAAGGGACUAGAAAUCCUAACCUAAGCACAUCAGAAAAACCUAAGGAAGAUGUUGCACCCAAGGACCAGGUAGAGGAACCAGAGAAACCCGAAAAGCAAUCAAUACCAGAGGUAGAGAAUCGCACACCACAACCUUACAAAUCACCUAUUCCGUUCCCACAAAGGUUGAAAAACACCAAAACAGAAAACCAAUUCCAAAAGUUCAUUAAGGUAAUAGAGAAACUCCACGUAGAGAUCCCUUUUACCGAAGCAAUAACCCAGAUACCAUCAUAUGCCAAGUUCUUGAAAGAUAUUUUAUCCAACAAACGACGACUGGACGAUCCCAAACCUUUAAAAUGUCAUUCCAUAUCCGAGAAUAAACUUGCCAAGAAAGACAAAGAUCCUGGAAGUUUUUCUAUCCCUUGCGUCCUAGGAAAUAAUAUGAUAGACAAAGCAUUUUUAGACCUAGGAGCAAGCGUAAGUCUGAUGCCUUUGGCUGUCUAUAAGAGGUUAAAAUUAGGAGAACUUUAA